AUGGCGAUCAUCAUUAAACCCUACAACAAAACCAUUCCUUAUUUUUAUUUUGCCCUAAUUUCUAUUCUCUCAAUUUUUAGGGUUUCUUUGGUAAUUACAAAUGCAGCUAUCAUCACCUUCGAUCUCAUACCCAGAGACUUACUGUUUAACUCAUCCCUAACACCCUCCGAACGUCUCAGAAAUUCUCUCUUACGAUCCUCUAGACGCGCCGAAUUCCUCGCCGGAGCUUCCAACUUCAGCCGCCACGAAUUGGCCGCCGCCGCCACCACCGACAUCGUCUACGACAGAAGCGAAUACUUUAUGAAAUUCUCCAUUGGCACGCCGCCGGUGGAAUUCCUAGCCAUGGCCGACACCGGCAGCCCCCUCACGUGGAUUCAAUGCGCCCCCUGCGUCAACUGCUACCACCAGACUCAGCCGUUGUUCGAUCGGAGCCGGUCGUCGUCAUACCGGCGGGUCCCCUUUGAAUCGGAGACUUGUAGGUCAACUCACGCGCCUCCUGGUGUGCAGACGUUCUUAGCCAGGAACGGUGGUGGCAGUCACACGUGUGGCUAUUCAAUUAGAUACCAAGAUGACACCACCAGCUCUGGAGAGCUCGCCGCCGAAAGGCUGGCGGUCGGAGAAUUGUCGAUCCCUAACUUCGUUUUCGGCUGCGGAACUGAUAACCGGGGAGCGUUCAGCGACGGCAGCGCCGGAAUGGUCGGCCUUUCCGGCGGAAGUACGUCGAUGAUAAAUCAGCUAGGAUCUUCAAUCAGGGGCAAAUUCGCCUACUGUCUUCCGGAGGCGUCGUUCCACGCAGAGCCGGAAAUGGGAAAAAUGAGCUUCGGCGGUGGCGUUCCGGGCCGGAGAGUGGUGUCUACGCCGAUCGUAAUGCAAACUCGGUCGCCGCUCUACUACCUGACGAUGGAGGGGAUUACGGUGGGGAAUCGACGCCUGAAUUGGGGAUCAUCGAGCAGAUCGAUCGACGAGGGCAACAUAGCGAUAGACAUAGGAACGACGACGACGACACUUCCGCCGGAGCUGUUCGAACAAGUGGCGGCGGCGGUGAAGAGGAAGGUGAAGCUGAAGACGAAGGCGGAUCCGCACGGGUUUUUCAGCGAUUGCUUCGAGGUCAAUAGGCUUGACGAUUAUAAGAAACUUCCGAAAUUGAUUGUUCAUUUCCGAGGCGGCGCCGACGUUAAGCUGAGUCGUCACAACGCUUUCAUGGAUUCAGGGAGGAAAACUGUGUGCUUGGCGUUUGUGAAGGAGACUGGUAACCUGCCAAUCUAUGGGAGUACUGCGCAGGCCAAUUUCAUUGUAGGGUAUGACUUGGAGACGAUGACGGUUUCCUUUAAGAAGUCUCCUUGCAGCGAAUGGAGACUUUAA